CAGAUUUACACCAAGACAGCUGAGGAGUCUGAAAAACCUACUUGAAGCAAACAGAAGCUGACAUUCUUUCUUUCUUGAAACCUGGAAUCAGGAUCUGUUUAGCCAAGCAGUGAUGAUGUCCCAGUACAUGGCUUUGAGCAACCUCCUGACUGAGGAGGAUCCCCUCCUCAGUCAGGAGGGAAUCCUCUGGCCGUUGCGUCAUGAAGCUCUGUCCUCCCUGCAGCAGAACUUCUUCAGUCGGAGAGCCGGCCUGGCUGAGAGCCUCCUCAGGGAGCUCCAUGCUGGACCACAGCUGCUCAAACUGGCCCAGUUUCCUGUCAUUUCCUCCACACUGAAAAGACUGAGUGAAGACAGAGAGCAGCAGACAGAGGCAGUCAGCACAGAGCUGCACCGAGACGCACAGCAGACCAGCGACAAUGGUGACCUUCUGGUGACCCUAGACGCCCGGGGUUAUGCUCCCGGGGACAUCACCGUCAAACUGGAAGGCCGAAGUCUGGCAGUAGUGGCCAUGAAGCAGGCCGGAGCAGAGGAGAGCCAGUCCUGCUCCUCCUCUUCCUCCUCGGCCUCCUUCUCCUCCUCGGCUUCAUCCCACGUGGGAUUCAUGCAGAGAAUAGAUCUACCCGCUCACCUGGACCUGUCAGGUCUCUCCUGCUCUCUAAUGGACGAUGGGCAGCUUCGGAUCCACGCCCCUGUGGCCCGGCAGCCAAUCAGCGAGGAGCAGCAGGUGCCCAUCCGCUACAGGACGUCGCUGGAAUUUCCCAUUAAAAAUGACGACACAGAGCAGGAACAUAAAAACUGAAGCCACAGACACAAAGUGGAACACGUUUCUAAUAACUUCCACAAAAAGACUAAUCUACAAGUCAAGUUUAAAUUGAUAUCUUGAAAGCUUAUUUUAAAUAUAUUUUGUAAUAUUUUGAAAGUGUAAAAAUUUUAAUAAAUGAUGAAGAUCAAAUGUG